AUGUUCUUCUGCGCCAUCUCUGGAUCUGCUCCCACAAACCCGGUUGUCUCUAAAACGUCAGGGACGGUCUACGAAAAAUCUCUCAUUCUGCGUUACAUCGAGGAGAAUGGUACUGAUCCUAUAUCUGGAGAACCUUUGACAAUAGACGAUCUUAUAGAUGUCAAAGCUAAACCUUCAACCCUCCCUCCGCGACCAGCCAAUCAAACAUCUAUCCCUGCUUUACUAGCCGCCCUCCAGGCGGAAUAUGACGCGAUCAUGCUCGAAUCCUUCGAGAUCAAGAAGACUUUCCAGAGUUCGAGACAGGAAUUGGCGAAUGCUUUGUAUCGCGAGGAUGCAGCGAUGAGGGUCAUCGCUCGAUUGAUGAAAGAACGAGAUGAGGCCAGAGAUGCACUUGGAACUAUCCAACAGACCAUAGGAGUGACUGCUCCUGUUCAAGAAAAUGUACCCGCGGAAGAUGUCGAAAUGCAACCUGAAAGUGCACUUCCAGCUGAGGUUGAGGCGAAAAUAUUAGAGACGAACCAGGCUUUGUCCUCUGUUAGAAAGAAGAGAAAACCUGCUGCUGGUUAUGUCACGGCCGAACGAAUCAAAGAUUACACUCAAAUCAAUCAUAUACCUUCUUUACACGCUACCAAACCACCUGGUAUCUCUACCCUCGAUCUGGCAUCCGAUGGAAACGUAGUCAUUACCGGUGGACCCGAUAAGAUUGUACAGAUAUUCGAUAUAGAAGCUUCCAAAGUCUUAGGAACAUUGAAAGGACAUACGAAACCCAUCACGCAUGUUUCUUUCGUGACGGAUUCUCUUGCCGUAUCCAGUUCAGCCGACAAGACUGUCAGAGUUUGGGGAUCUACAGAAGGUAAAUGGUCAGCUUCGGCAACUUUAUCAGGACAUAAAGGCGAUAUAACAGGUUUGGCAGUUCAUCCUACCAAAUCUUACGUCUCGGCAGCUUCGACCGAUUCUACUUGGAGUCUAUAUGAUCUUUCAACAGCCGACAAAAUAUGCGAUUAUUCGCCUAUUCCAGGAGUUGAAGGUUCUUUCUCUUAUACUUCUUUUGGAACUCAUCCAGAUGGUAUGCUUCAAGCAGGUGGUACGAAAGAUGGUUUAAUCAGAAUUUGGGAAUUAAGAAAUUCGAAUUCUUUAGCUGCUACUUUAGAAUCUCAUACUUCUUCCAUUACCUCAUUAUCUUUCUCCGAAAACGGUUAUUAUCUCGCUACUGCCUCCGACACGGAUCCUACAGUUAAAGUCAUCGACUUACGUAAAUUGUCAGUGGUGACGAGUUGGACUUUACCUGCGGAGAAUCAAGUGUCGGAGGUUUACUUUGACCCUUCGGCUCAAUAUCUAGCGGUGGCAGGGACGGAUCUCAGGGUGUAUGCCAAUAAGACUUGGGAGGAGUUGUUGAAAUUCGAUGAUAAUGCGGGGGUUUUGACAGGUGUGAGAUUUGGAAAGUUGGGAUCAGAGGUGGUGUUGAGUGGAAUGGAUAGGACUUUGAGGGUGUUGGGAACGAAAGCCGAGUGA